AUGAGUGACAAUCUCAGAAUCACCAACACGGCUGACAAGGAACGCGCACUGGCCUUCAAAAACAUCAAGAUGGCGGUCAGAGACUCUGAUAUCUGGAAGGCGGCGUGGUACAUGGGAAGAUUCUUGAAACGGUCUUACACAUUAACUCACGACAAACUCAGGUGGCUCAAGGAGGAACAUAUUGAUCGAGUGAAGAAAUUGGAGGCAGCAGUCACUGAGCUUCAAAAAAUGGCUCUCGGCCAUGCUGAGGAAGACUUUCAAAAUUGGAUUGAAAAGGGUGCACCGUUUUCAAUGGUGGAACAAGCAAGCUACAACAAACACUUCAACAAUUCAAACAUUGCUCACCUUGAGAAAACAAUCACCACUUACUGUCGGGCCGCUGCGUACAUGAAGGCUAUUAUUGAGAUGAAGAGCACUUUGGCGGGGUUAUCUAUGGUUGAAAAGACAAAUGGAGACAUUGAGCUUGAAGCUAUGGGCGCUUGUCCAGGCGUUGAGGCCUAUCAAAACAUGGAAAUAGAAGAUAUAGACUGGGAAUUUAUCGAAAAAAAGAUGUGA